CCUUAGCUCUUAUUUGCACGGCACGUGACCUUGGCUCUAGACCUGGCACGGUGUGCGUAGCAUGGCAUACCUUGCUAUGAAGCAUAUUUGAUCAUGGCGCAGUGAUAUCACACCAUAAGACAUGCUCCUAACUGAAAUGUGCUGUUGGAGUGGUCAGUUAUUUCAGAUUAGCAUGUUAAAUUUAAGUUCGUUGCAUGGCCUAUGACCGCACGUCACACCAAUAUUGAUUGCAAUCUGAUUUUUUCGUCCCAACCGUCCUUGGGAUAGGAGGGAUGUCAAACCUACCCGUUCCGGUCAUUGGUGGGCCUUUGAGGAACCCCGCCCGUACCGGGUUAAAGGGAAUGCUUCGUAGUUAAAGAUCUUGGAGAAAAUAUCAGAUUGAUGACAUGAGCUCACUUAUAACUAUUGUUUUACUUUGAAGUGGAAAAUACUGCUCCAGACAACACGAUUUCUCUGCUUAUUAAGUGUUUCUCAAUACACCAUGUUUUGUUGCGUCAUUGUGUCCUGCACAUCAUUGAUUGAGAGCCAGUUAUUUGAGAUUAUUUAAUUUGAUUUGAUUGAUAUGCCAAGCUGAUCCCAAAAUAGUCUCCCCGAAAUAGUCUGCACAUCUUCGCGGGCGCGUAGCUCAGAAACUAGAGAAGUCUAGCUCUUAAGAAGGGCAGGGUUGUGAACUCCACCGAAUGACUUUCAGGAUGACUAUUUGAGUUAAAAUCCCCAUACAAAUUCGGGACACUGCCUUUAAAAUUAUACCAUUAGUUAAAGUGAGUUUAUUUCAUCAUGUCUCAUGCCUCCUUCAAUGUCUUCAAAUGUGUGAGAUUGACGGUGAGAUCAAAUUGCGGAAGCACUGUAACAUGCGCACAGUUAAACGCCGGGUGUCUAGGUCUGGCUGCAGCCGCCCCAGAGCAGCCGCUGGCUCCGUCACUGGCUGGCCGCGUGCUGCGGCGCUGAGGCCGCUCCACUGCACUAGCACCGGCGCAGACUGACCUUGGCUGCAUGGCUGGCUGCUGCAGCAGUGAACAACGGUCAGAUAGCAACGGAUAGUGUCAAACUGCCCGCGCUGCAGGCUCCGACUGUCGGAAGGUCGUUGCAUGGCUGUGCAGAGAUUGUCCAACAGGUUUUCCAUAUUUUUUUCGAGAACAAGGCUAGGAAUGUGGCACGAACGCGGAGUGGCCCCGUCCGUGCAAAACAACUGAGACAUUGUACGGACAUUGCGUGGCUUGGAAACAUGGCGCUUUUGCUGCUCAGCUGACAGCAUCGCGAUGCGAUCGCCUCAAGUAGUAGUAGCAUAGUGAUACUGCAGGAUAUGAAGCAGGAUACGAAUAUUGCAGGGACAGCAUUCUGCAGACACCCUGUCACCGGAGGAGCGUACGUCCGGCAAAACGAAUCAUACCAUUUAGCGGCUCCAGCGGCGCCAUGACGCUCCACCUGCAGAACUACAUCGGCGGCCGGUUCGUGACCGUGCCGGCUCGGCUGGACAGCUACGACCCCAGCACGGCUCAAGUGGGCCUCACUGUGCCGGACAGCGGCCAGCCGGAAGUGGACGAGGCUGUGGCCGCCGCAGCCGCGGCCUUCACCAGCUGGUCUAAACUGCCGGUCCAGCAGCGGACGGACUUCUGCCUCAAGGCCGCCGCCAUCUUGGAGUCACGACUGGACGAGUUCGCCGCGGCCGAGUCACGUGACCAGGGCAAGCCGGUCUGGCUGGCCAAGGCUGUCGACAUCCCCAGGGCGGUGCUGAACUUCCGCGCCUACGCCGAGUCCGUCAAUCACCAAUUAGCGACGUCCAACACGCCCACGCCGGGCGUGCUCAAUUACACGCUGCGUCAGCCGGUGGGCGUGGCGGCCCUGAUCUCGCCCUGGAACCUGCCGCUCUACCUGCUGACAUUCAAGAUCGCCCCAGCAAUUAUGACGGGAAACACGGUGGUCUGCAAGCCCAGCGAGUUCACUUCCCUCACGGCCUUCAAACUCGCCGAGGUCUUGCACGAGAUUGGCCUGCCGCCUGGUGUUGUCAAUAUUGUAUUUGGGUUCGGUCCGCGGGCGGGAGAGGCGCUAGUGAAGCACCCUGACGUCAAGCUCGUCUCUUUCACCGGCUCGACCGUCGUCGGAAAGCACAUCAACGAAUUGUGUGCCCCUGCGCUGAAGAAAGUCUGUCUGGAGAUGGGUGGCAAGAACGCGGCCGUGGUGUUCGCCGAUGCAGACCUGAGGGAGGCGAUCCCGACGCUGACGCGCGGCGCCUUCGUCAACUCGGGCCAGGUCUGCCUCUGCACCUCGCGCAUCUUCGUGCAGAAAGCCAUCUACGACGAGUUUCUGCAGCUGUUCGUGAAGGAGACCCGGUCAAAGCGGGUCGGGCCGCCCGACCAAGAGGGCGUGUUCAUGGGGCCGCUGAACAACCGAGCACAGCUGGAGAAGGUGCGCCGUUACCUUCAGCUGGCGCGCGACGAGGGCGGCACCCUGCUCUGUGGCGAAGGGGUCGACCCCGCCUUACAGCUGCCCCAGGCUAAUAAGCAGGGCUAUUUCGUGCAGCCCACGGUGAUCACCGACCUAAAAGACGAUUCACGCUGCAUGCGCGAGGAGAUCUUCGGCCCAGUCACCUGUGUCGUGCCGUUCGACUCUGAGGAGGAAGUGGUGGAGCGGGUUAACAGCGCCGAGUACGGUCUGUGUGCUUCCGUGUGGAGCCGGGACUUGUCCACCAUACACCGGGUGUCUGAACAGCUGCAGGUGGGCACCGUGUGGAACAACUGCUGGCUGGUGCGGAACCUGGACAUGCCUUUCGGCGGCAUCAAGGAGUCCGGCAUGGGCUUUGAGUCCACCAGAGAUAGCGUUGAAUUCUACACGCACUGGAAGACGGUCUGCGUCAAGUUCUAGAGCUGUGCACUGGCCGUAGGACCAUGGGCGUGCGUCUGUGCGUCGCCAGUCUGGGGCGGGAGCGGGGGCGGCGCCUGCGCUGCGCAGCUGCCAACCCGCUGCCGCCGUGUCCACCGCCCGGCGUGGCAAGCAGUGAGGGCGGACCAGGUGCGGCCGGCCAUAGCUGAAGUAAGGGCGGCGUUAGCAAGCAGUGAAGGCGGACCAGGUGCGGCCGGCCGUAGCUGAAGUAAGGGCGGCGUUAGCAAGCAGUGAAGGCGGACCAGGUGCGGCCGGCCGUAGCUGAAGUAAGGGCGGCGUUAGCAAGCAGUGAAGGCGGACCAGGUGCGGCCGGCCGUAGCUGAAGUAAGGGCGGCGUUAGCAAGCAGUGAAAGCGGACCAGGUGCGGCCGGCCAUAGCUGAAGUGGGGGCUACCCUGACGACCGGCGGCGUUAGCCGUGUAGUGGCUUUGUGCUGCGGGAAUUGCCCUUGUACCAUUUGGGAGAUCUUUAAGUUCUGGUCAGGGACGAUAGCUACGUAUGCAGGUGAAUAAUCGUGUGUGUUUUGUUGGUGGGACGGCAGAUGACUGCUUCUCUUGGAAGUGAGCGCGCCAUGGCGUAGGAUGGUAGCGAGAUGUAUAUUCAUUUUUAUAUCUCAGAGCCUUGCUGAAUAUUCAAAUGGGUUCGUGGAAUACAACUGGGACCAGC